AUGAAGCGGCUCAUCCCCUUUUGCUACCUACUAGCCAUCGGAUCAUCUUUGCCGAUACAAGAGACCUGCCAAUACAGUAGCCCAAAUGUGACGAUAACCUGGGAAUUCAAUGCCGCCUCUUCCAGCAUAUAUUUCAGUCUGAAUGCCCAGAGGGCGCAGGAUGACUAUUGGACGGGCAUUUUCUUCCAAAAGGUAAUCCUGGAUGCCGAGCAGCGAGUGGAUUUUGUAUCUGGCACCUCGCCAAGUCUCCAAUCCACCUCUAUCAUUUCUGAAUUCACGAAACGAAUAGAUGACUUUGAAGAAGGGGCUUUUGAUGCUGAUGGGUGCUUGACGAUCUCGUUCCCGGGUACGGUACUCCCGAUCUCAUCCACUGGAAACUUGAUUGUUCCGGAAACGCUCUCCCAAUACCGUAUCUGCAACAUCGAGUCAUCCUGCCAGAGUGCCACUGCCUCAAAGGCAUCUGGGGAAAAGGAGCAGAUUUUAGAUAUCGUAAAACGCGACAACUCGGCCAAGGGCCCAGUAUGCAAUUGGAUGGACGGCUCGAACACCGUCCACUGGGAAGCCGUCCCCAACGGCAUCAAGUUCAACAUCCAGGCCGACGUCAAGAAGGGCAAGUACUGGACGGCGAUUGCUGUCGGGGAGAGCAUGGGGAAUUUGAAAAUGGCUGUUGCUUUUACGGAUGGUAACAAGGUGAAGCAGGUCGGAGGGUAUACUUCUAGCGGUUGGCAACCCCCAGCCAAAGCCAAAGAUCUCAAAGUGACCCUCAACAAGAAGGGUGUGAAGGCGAUCGACAGCAAGCUGAGCUACGAGUUCAUCAUGCCGGCCGACGUCUUCAAGGCGGUGGAUUCUGACGGUUGCCUCACCCUUCAAUUCGGCAUCAACGCCGGGCAGUACGCCGGAAAUUUCCAGAUUCACAAGCAUGAGGCCACGCCAACACCGAUGCAGGUUUGCAACAUCCAAAAAUGCAGCGCCGACGAUGCCGCGUCUCCCGCUGAAACCGUCGAAGAAGGUUCGGGCGCCGUGGAAGAGGGCUCCGGCGAGCUACCUCCACAGCCUGCUUCCACAACUGCUUCCAUGCCCGCUUCCCCGCCAUCUUCACAAGCUCCCCAGAAUCCUGGGAAUAUUGGAGUGACGGAGAGGAGGGAUGAUCCGCUGAACGUCACGAUGACGUCGGCUACGAUAGCUGCGAUUAGUGCAUCGAAUGAGCCUAACCAUGAUCCGGUGGUGGCCAGCUCGGCGGCGAAUCCAAAUGUUGCUUCAUCCGUUUCCGCUUCGGCGGCACCGGAAGCACUACUCACCAGUCCGGCUGAGGUGAAAGCGACCACCGAGAAGCCGGCCGAAGUUGUCGUCACGACUGAGCAAAAUUCCGGAGCCGUCUCCCCAUCAUCAUCUGGUGGUGAACUAGGGCCGUUGGACGAGUCGAAGACGUCGGGAUCAGGAUCGAGCACGAGGAUCACCGUCCAUCCAUGCAAACAAGGCCAGACUGAUCUGAGGGUUUGCCAUGGAUACUUUGCUGACUACCUGGGAAAGGUAGAGCAAUGGGCGCAACGGCAUGGCGAGACUGUUGGGGCACAGUUGUGGAAGGCGUGUUCCCUCCUUGCUGGUGUGCAGCACGUGCCGACAAUGUGCUGCACCGAGUUUCACUCCACUUGCCGCGAGUUCAUCCAGGAUGAA